GCUUGACCAACCAAAACUGCCUAACAACCAGUACUAGUGUUUAAUCCUUCUUUCUUCUAAAGCUCAACUUUACUACAAUUACAAUCACACCCUCAUCACUAAAACCCUAAUCACUACGUUUCCCUCUCUCGCCUUUCCGUCUAUGCAACAUGUAUCAUGUGAAGAAAUUUUCAACUGCAAGCUUAGUGCCUCAUAAACCUCAAGGUGUUGAACAACUUGAAAAUGCAGUAAAAGUUUCAGAGUCUGGUGGCGGGUCUGGGAGGCAGCGGUUGCGGUGGACUUCUGAUCUUCAUGACCGUUUUGUGGAUGCUAUUAUGCAACUUGGUGGACCAGAUAGGGCAACACCUAAAGGAGUUUUAAAAGUGAUGGGUGUACCUGGACUGACCAUUUAUCAUGUGAAGAGCCAUUUACAGAAGUAUCGUCUUGCAAAGUACCUGCCAGAAUCUUCUGCUAACGAUUCAGACGAGAAUAAAGUCUCUGGAGAGAGCUUGUCUGGCCUGGAUACCAAUUCCCCGGGAGUGCAAAUUAAUGAAGCAUUGACAAUACAAAUGGAGCUUCAGAAACGUCUUCAUGAGCAGCUUGAGGUGCAAAAACAGUUACAAAUGAGAAUUGAAGCUCAGGGGAAAUACUUAGAGAAGAUUAUUGAGGAGCAGCAGAAAGUCGGAGAUGCAGUAAAAGCGUCUGACGCUGUAACAUCAGCUGACGAUAAGGGAAAACCAUCUGAGUUAGAAACUCCUCCUGAUGCGCCUGCAGAGUCCUUUUCUUCCUGAAAGAAAUGGAUGAUAAGUGCCUGGUGUCACAAAGUUUAUUGAAAGCACCAUUCAGGUGGUGAGAUUAAAAUUGGUAUGGUUCUGAUGCUAGAUCCAUUGUGUUGCUUAAUAUAAGAUUCUUCCGUGUGUGUGUGUGUUAUUUUUAUGUUUGUGUCACUGUUGUUGAAAUGCUUGACUUUGUGUAUAUUGUGAGCUUUUAAUCCAUUGUAAUCAUUAAUAAAAGUACACAUGUAGGUUGUUUUUC